AUGGUGAAGCUGGGCAGCAAUCUGUCUGAGAAGCUGGAGAAGCAGCCGUCUGCGGACGACGGCUUUGAUAACAUUCCCCUCAUCACGCCCCUGGAGGUCAAACAGCUACAGAAGCCGUUCGCGGACAAGAUCAUUGUGAAGACGACGACACAGUACCAACUGCAGCAGAAGAAGAAAAACAAGCUGUACCUGCCGAACAUCAAGAAACUGAACAUUAACUUCUACAGUGAGGUUUCAGAGAAAAUUAAGAUCACAGGUCUGAUCCUCAUCACUCUGGCCUUCUUGACCAGCCUGCUCCUCCUGCUCAUGUACAAAGCCAUGUGGUACGACCAACUGACCUGCCCAGAGGGUUUUGUCCUGAAGCAGAAGCACUGCUCCCCCACAGCUCUGGAGAUGCACUUCCCAGAGCAGCAGCAGCAGCAGCAGGACGAGCCCGGCGUCCACAGCGGCACCGACCGCUGUACCCUGUUCGCCGCUCUCAGCCACCUCAAACAGGUCCGGAGGCCUGGACCUGAGCUGCCAUCACCAUGGUUACCAGUCAUCAGCUCUCUAAAGGAGGCCGAGGUGGCGAAGCAAAGCAGCGAGCUGCUGAAAAGAGGGCUGGAGGGAGAGGAGUGA